AUGACGGUGGACUGGACCCUUGGAUUGCCGGAGCGAGGCGAUGGCAAGCUGAUGGGCAUAGGAGCUGUUGCUUGGAUGCGCGAUGUGCCCGGAUCGGAGCUGCAAAUCAGUGCCAAAAAAACUAUGGCCGAGGAGCGGAAGCGUAAAUUAGGAACAUUUUCAGAUGCGGCAUUUGACGUCAUUUUGUCCCGCCGUGCGUUGUCGUCACUCGAGCCGGGCUACAUGGCAACAGAGGCCGGCCAACGCUUGGCAACGGGUGGGUCCCCACCUGUCAAACUGGCGUCGCUGCACCCGCGUGCGGAUGCCUAUCCUGUCGAUGGCAUGCUCACAGAGUGCCGCCUGGGCCUCCGUCAUCGAGCCGCCUUGCUGCACCCCAGCCCUGUCGCCACCAUGAAGAUCGGCAUUCACGGCAUCUACUACCUGCUGCCCAUCCUGACGUUCGCGUCGUGGACUACGGCCAUCGUCGGCCUGCUCGCACUAUGGUCGCGCGAUAACUUCGCCGAGUACGAGGUGGAAGAAGCGUCGGUUGUCUUCAUCUCGGACGUGGGUGCGACGCACAAGACGUUCUUCAUCAUCUUCUGCGCACUCACUGCCGCCUUCUACAUCCUGACGACGUUUGCGGAGCGUCACCUGCGACACCUGCGUCGCAUUCCCGGCUCAGUUCGCAAGAAGCAGACGAUCCUGGAUAUCUGCUCGGUCAUCUGCGCCAUCAUUGGUUCGGCGGCUCUGGUGCUGCUCAGCAUCUUCGACGCGUUCAACCACAGCACAGUCCACUGGAGCAUGACGCUCAUCUUUGUCGUGUUUGUGGCGCUCUCGGUGCUGUUCCAGGUGCUCCAGGUGUUCUCGCUCUCGCACGACCACGACCGCCUGGCUACGCUCAAGGUCAUCGCGAUCAUCAAGGCGAUCAUCCUUUCGCUUGCCAUCGCGGGCGCGAUUGCUUUCAUCAUCUGCUACGGCAUUUGCAGGGGCAACGCUAACCCGGGCGACAACAGGUGCGACCGCAUCGUCUCGGCCGCUGCCGUUUGCGAGUGGGCAAUCGCCUUUCUUCUCGACAUCUUCUUCCUCACAUACCUUGUGGACCUCUGGCCCGCCCACAGGCGCGCCCAGAAAGGCCUCAACGCCGACGGCACUAUGGUCGAGAACAAGCAGCUCGCCAAGGAGCAGGGUGUGGACGACCGCCCCACCGCGCCGUACGCGAUCGACGGCGUGAGGGAAAACGACACCUACUACCCAAGCCAGGCUGCGCAGCAGUAUCAGAGUGGCCACAGCGUCCAGCCCGCGCCUGCGGUGAACCAGCCCUCCAACUACAGCCCCACCAACGCCCCUUCCACCCUCCCUGGCUCGGAGCGCGGCAGUCUUUACCAGACUCCCAUGACCGAGGCGCGCCCGUACCCCAACAACGGGCCCGUCACCAACGGCUACUCCACCUACCAAGCAUAG